GGCCACUUAGGUAGGAUUUAUACAGAGGGGCGCGCGAACCUACGCCUCGAGCGCGAGGCCCGUGCCCACGAUGGCGACGACGCCGAGGAGCAGAGGCAUCGGCAUGUCGAGCAUCGACACCGGGUCGUCGUUCCACGGGUGCGUGUACUGGAUGACGCCGGCGCCGACAGCCCAGGCCAAAUAAACGCCGGCCACGGCCUGCUUCUGCUUCAUGUUGCCGUAGUACGACACGAGGAUGCACAAAACGCUGAACCAGAUGGCCGUGUUGCCGACGAUCGCGAGGGCGUGAAACAUGAGUUUCGGGUAGCCGCCCACGGUGACGCCCUUCUUGUUCGUCUUGCCGAAAAUCUCUUCCUCGGAGAUCUUGCCCCCGCCGAUCGCGCCGAUCCCGCCGUCCGCCGCGGUCAGGUGCUGGACCCACACGGGCAGGAAGAGCAGCGUGGCCAGGCACAGGCCGUAGGUGAAGGCGUUCUUGACAGGCAUUUCGUAGGUAUGCGCUUGGUGCGUGAACCGAGGGAUAUUACCAGUAGGCAUGCAGAGGCAGCCCUUUUGGAGUUUUGGAGCACGAGAUGGAGCGCGCGCGGCAGCUUUCCAGGAUUCGGCUCCUGCUAG